GUCAGCGCGUCCGCCCUCCGCGGUUGUUGUGUUGUUGUGAUUGUUAUGAUGGCGGCGGAAGAGCCGCAGACGGUGACCAAGACAUUCCUAUUCACAUUCCCAACAUGCACCAACGAGGAGGUUCGCUUCAAACUAGAGGUCCCGGUGGAAAUCCCUCACGAUGGCUCCACGAGAGAACUCGUCCAAAGGGUCAUCAACAUGUUCCAUAUUCCCGUCUACUUGGAGAAUGAACUAAAUGAGCAACUAGCUUCGUUUGUUGCGGAGGAGACAAAGAACUUUCACAAUGAGCGAGAUGCCAAACUGUUGGACCAACUGAAGAACUCCGAGCUCAAUGUCGACGGAAUUGUCAAGAACUGGGAGAAGAUAUUUAAGGAGAAUGUGGUGGAGAUGUGUGAGCGGGACGGCUCCUCGGACGAGGAGGUGUUCGCGGCCGCGUACCACAAGCUGGUGCACUCGCCGGCGCUCACCGCCAUCCUGGCGCUGGAGGGCGGGUACGCGCGGACCGUGCUCGCCACGCUGCGGCAGCGGGACGAGGACAUCACCAACCUCACACAAAAGCAAACAGAAGAGAUGGAGGAGUGCGUGCGUCUAGUGAACACGUUCACGACAGAGGCGGAGAUCAACGCGCUGGCGGCGAAGCAUUUCGAGCAGCAGGCUGUGGCCGCGGGCCGCUGGGGCUCGCAGCUGGACGCGCUCGGACACGCGCAGCGGGCCCGGUACCGCGCCUGGAUUAUGGCCACGCUCGAUGACUACCACUCCUCCGCGCCGCUCACCACGCCCAGCAACUCCCCGCUAUCGUCGUUCCCGCCGGAGGCUGUGGGCGUGGACCCCGCCGGCGCGGCCUCCACGCGGCUCGAGGAGAGCUUCACCAUCCACCUGGGUAGCCAGCUCAAACAGACGCACAACAUCCGCAUCGUCGCCAUGGAUUUAAUCGAUCUCUGCUCCAUCGAGAAUGAUAUUGACAACCCGCAGGGCGGGCCGCGGCGCCUGCAGACGGCGCUGGGGCUGUACGGGUCGGAGCUGGCGGGCGCCGUGCUGCUGUGCGAGGCCCCGCCGGCGCGGCCGGCGCCGCCCACCACGCGCCUGCUGCGCGCCGCCGCCGCCUCCACCGAGCACCACUUCCCCAGCGCCGACACGCAGCUGCACACCAUCACAGACCGACUCAAGGAACCGUUAGAGAAGCGCAACAGCGCUCGCCACGUGUCGCAGGGCGGCGGCGGCGGCGGGGGCGGCGGCGGGGCGGAGGAGCCGCGGCGCCGCGGCCGCAGCAGCGUGCAGGCGGGGGACGUGUUCGUCACGCGGCACAGCAACCUGGCCGACGUGCACGUCGUGUUCCACCUCGUGGUCGACGACACGCUCCGGUCCGGAGACAUAACGUCGCGUCACCCGGCCAUCCUAGGACUACGGAACAUCCUGAAGGCGUGCUGCAACAACGACAUCACGAGCAUCGCGCUACCACUGCUCUUGCGGCAUGAGCUGACAGAGGAGAUGACGCUGGGCUGGUGCACGCGGCGCGCGGAGCUGGUGCUGAAGUGCGUGAAGGGCUUCAUGCUGGAGGCGGCGGGCGGCGGCGGCGCCGAGCUGCGCACGCUGAGCGCGGCGGCGCCGCCCGCCACGCCGCGGCCGCUGUUCCACACGCUGGCCGCGCUCACGCCCAACAUCUUCCGCCUCUCCAACCCCGUCAAGGUCAAGCCCGCGGCCGACUGACCCUCACGAUCCAUUCCGCGUCUAGCUGCACCUCUACGAAUUUCCCCGCCGAGCCGCGCCCGCUGUUCCGCGCGGUGGAGCGCCGCGGCGUGGCGCGGGCGGGGACGGGGCUCUUCUUCUUGAGCACGAGGCGCGGCGUGGCCGGGGAACCCUUGCUGCCUGGCGUGCUCGCCAGCAGCUUGGCCUUGGGAGUGUGACCCGUCAUCAGCAUCAGUGCUGCUUGCUUCAUGUGGUCUGAAGAGAAAUUUUACGUGUUUCAAAUCUAUUAGCGAUUGCUAGUUCUUGCUUUAUAUUUUGUGUAGUAUUUUGAGGGUUUGCAUCAAUAUCGUUCAUACUUGUAACAUUAUUCAAAUCAGAUUAUCUAUUAUUAUAGUAGUUUUCUAAUAUUUACCGCAAAAAACAUACUUUUUAAGAUGAGGAAACAGGACAAUAAAAGAAACACCUUUCAAUAGAA